AUGCUACCACUCAAAGAUUAUCGCAGGUAUGGCAGGCAGAUGAUCUUGGAGGGAUUUGGGCUCCCAGGUCAGGUGAAACUCAAAGAGGCGUCGGUCGUCGUCGUCGGCGCUGGCGGUCUCGGCUGUCCUGCCUUGCAAUACCUGGCGGCGUCAGGUAUCGGUCGCAUAGGUGUAAUCGAUCACGAUGUGGUCGAACUGUCUAAUUUACACAGGCAAAUAUUGCACACUGAAACUACUAUCGGCAUGCCGAAAGCUCUUUCAGCAGCGAAGGCUAUCUCCGUGAUAAAUCCGCAAUCGAAGGUCGAGGCUGUAGUCCAGGCGCUGUCCCCAACGAAUGCUACAGAAUUACUCGCUCCAUACGAUGUCAUCUUGGACUGUACUGACAACGCGCCUACGCGUUACUUGCUCUCCGACGUCGCGGUCGCAUUAAGGAAACCCUUGGUCAGCGGUGCUGCCCAAAGAUUUGAGGGCCAGCUCUGCAUAUACAACUACGGUGAAAAUGGACCUUGCUAUCGUUGCCUAUUCCCGAAACCUCCUGCGCAAGAAACAGUAGGCACAUGCGAAGAAACAGGUAUACUGGGUGCUGUCACUGGCAUAAUAGGAAACCUACAAGCUCUUGAAACGAUCAAAAUUAUUGCUGGGUUGAAGGACCAGGCCCCGUCUCUACUGCUAUUCAAUGCCCUCCAAACGCCGCCUUUCCGGAGCAUCAAGCUCAGGAAUAAGAAGCCUGCAUGCGCUGCUUGUGGAUCGGGGGCAAAGACGCGCGGAAUGAUCGAUAACACCGACUACGUUCAGUUUUGCGGUGGUCCACCCGCGAAUUGGGUUGAGCGAGGCUUGGUGCCGGGCAGUGCAGAAACUCGUAUAUCCACCAAGGAUCUGCAUCGCAUAUUAGCGACAGAGGUUCCAACUUUGAUUGACGUUAGGCCGAGGACAGAAUAUGGCAUUUGCCAUCUUCCAAAUUCGCUCAAUAUCCCUUUGAACGAGUUGGUCUCGAAUCCAAAGGCCGCCAUGCCGGAGGGUGCGAAGGAUAUCUACAUCCUGUGUAGAUUGGGCAAUGACUCCCAGAUUGCUGCGGAUGCGCUGCGAGAGGUAUCGACGGCGCCAGUGAAGGACAUCAUAGGUGGUCUUGUCUCAUGGGCGCAGGACGUUGAUAGUUCAUUUCCCGUAUAUUAG